GUAUGUCUUCCUUAAUCGUCACAAAAUCAGCAGGCAUCAGGAACCGCCUCAUUCACGGCUUCAGCUGUCUCAAACAUCUAAAACACAUCCACGCAGUCCUUCUCCGUCUCGGCCUCGAUGAAGACACUUACCUCCUUAACAAGGGCUUACGUUUCAGCUUCAACUUUGGCAACUCGAACUAUUCCUUUCGCAUAUUAGAUCAAACGAAAGAACCCAACAUUUUCCUUUUCAAUACAAUGAUUCGUGGCUUAGUUUUGAACGAUUGUUUUCAAGAAUCCAUUGAGAUUUACCACUCUAUGAGGAAAGAAGGGCUUUCUCCUGAUAGUUUUACUUUCCCCUUUGUCUUGAAAGCGUGCGCGAGAGUUUUGGAUUCUGAGUUGUGUGUCAAGAUGCAUAGCCUUGUGGUGAAAGCAGGUUGCGAAGCGGAUGCGUUCGUUAAGAUAAGUUUGAUUAAUUUGUAUACGAAAUGUGGGUUUAUAGAUAAUGCAUUUAAGGUGUUUGAUGAUAUUCCUGACAAGAAUUUUGCGUCGUGGACGGCGACAAUAAGUGGGUAUGUUGGUGUUGGGAAAUGUAGGGAGGCGAUUGAUAUGUUUCGGAGGUUGUUGGAGAUGGGUUUGAGGCCGGAUAGUUUUAGUCUUGUUGAAGUUCUGUCUGCUUGCAAGCGAACUGGGGAUUUGAGAAGUGGGGAGUGGAUUGAUGAGUAUAUAACGGAGAAUGGCAUGGUAAGGAAUGUGUUUGUGGCUACUGCUUUGGUGGGUUUUUAUGGCAAAUGUGGAAACAUGGAGAGAGCGCGUAGCGUCUUUGAUGGGAUGCUGGAGAAGAAUAUUGUUUCUUGGAGUUCUAUGAUUCAGGGUUAUGCUUCUAAUGGGUUGCCUAAAGAAGCUUUAGACCUCUUUUUUAAAAUGUUGAAUGAGGGUUUGAAACCUGAUUGUUAUGCUAUGGUGGGAGUUCUUUGUUCUUGUGCGAGGUUAGGGGCGCUAGAAUUAGGGGACUGGGCUAGCAAUUUGAUCAAGGGAAAUGAGUUCUUGGAUAAUUCUGUCUUGGGUACGGCAUUGAUUGACAUGUAUGCAAAAUGUGGGAGAAUGGAUAGCGCCUGGGAAGUUUUCAGGGGAAUGAGGAAGAAAGAUAUAGUAGUUUGGAAUGCAGCUAUAUCAGGUCUUGCCAUGAGCGGACAUGUGAAAGAUGCAUUAGGGCUUUUUGGCCAAAUGGAGAAGUCUGGGAUAAAGCCAGACAGGAACACUUUUGUUGGCUUACUUUGUGCUUGUACUCAUGCUGGUCUAGUUGAAGAGGGUCGUCGAUAUUUCAAUAGUAUGGAGUGUGUGUUUACCUUGACUCCCGAAAUUGAACACUAUGGAUGCAUGGUGGAUCUUCUUGGUCGUGCAGGUUGCUUAGAUGAAGCUCAUCAGCUUAUCAAAAGUAUGCCAAUGGAAGCCAAUGCUAUUGUUUGGGGAGCAUUGCUGGGUGGAUGCAGGCUGCAUAGAGACACCCAAUUGGUGGAAGUCGUGCUGAAAAAACUCAUAGCAUUAGAACCGUGGCACUCAGGUAAUUAUGUUCUUUUGUCAAAUAUAUAUGCAGCAAGUCACAAAUGGGAAGCAGCAGCAAAGAUUAGGUCAAUCAUGAGUGAAAGGGGGGUUAAGAAAAUACCAGGGUAUAGUUGGAUUGAAGUGGAUGGAGUUGUUCAUCAAUUCCUUGUGGGGGAUACGUCCCAUCCUUUAUCAGAGAAGAUAUAUGCAAAACUUGGUGAAAUGGCCAAGGACUUAAAAGCAGCAGGUUAUGUUCCCGCGACAGAUCAUGUGCUGUUUGACAUAGAAGAAGAAGAGAAGGAGCAUUUCAUUGGUUGUCAUAGCGAGAAGCUGGCUGUUGCCUUUGGUUUGAUAAGCACAGCUCCAAAUGACAAAAUUCGUGUUGUGAAAAAUCUUCGUGUUUGUGGUGAUUGUCAUGAGGCAGUAAAGCACAUUUCUAGAAUUGCAGGUAGAGAGAUAAUUGUGAGAGAUAACAAUCGAUUCCAUUGCUUUACUGAUGGUUUGUGUUCGUGUAAAGAUUAUUGGUGAGAACUGUUUGAGGUAAUGGUUUCACUGGGGCAUGUUUGACGUGUUAUACUGAUCCACCGUUCUUUAGAGAUGAAACAACAUCUGCUGGAGUAGAAAUCAGAAGAAGCUCAGAGGGAGAAGAAACUUCUGAAAAACCAAGGACCAAAGCAGCAAGGCAAUCAUGCCAAUUACUUGCAAUUGGUUUGGAUUUUUGUUUCAAAAUACCCAGUUUGAUGCCACACAUGAUUGAAAGCCAGGUAAUGGUGUUUUGCAGGGUCCUGUUCUUGGGCUGGUUUUUCUGAUGUCUUGGGCUGCAAAAUCCUUUCUUUGCAACAUUUUUAGCCCUUCUGCAGGUGAGAAAGGUAAUUGAAUCCUGAAUGAGUUCGACCCCAGACCGGACCAAAUUUAGCAGCAAGAAAUUCACUGCUAGAAUAGAUAUCAACUAAGAUUGGAUCUCCUCCUGCUUUUCCUCUAUGUGCUUUAUUUACCACUCCAUUUCUUGAUUCGUUUCUAUUCUCUCAUUUUAGCAUUACAUAUCUAUUGUUCCGGGGACUUUUUUUCUUAUUUAUCCGUGUAGCUCGUUUACUUGAAGCCUGCAGCAGCAACAAGGCCAAGCAUUUGGGGUUUUCAGGACCCAAAAAUCAACCUGAAGAUUGCUGCCAUCUUGGAAAAAGCAAAUGCAGUUCACCUGGUCUCUCUAUUUAUGUGUGGGCAAGCACUAGUAUGAUUUUCAAUUUUGAAAUAGCCCAUGGCUGGAAGUGACAAAGAUGACAGGGUGGGGUGAUUGUUGAGGAAAACUUGUUCAAGUUGGUGGUCAUUUCAGUGAAAUGCUUCAAAGAUGCUAUGUUCUCCCUUGAACAGCUUAAUAACUACAAAUCUUGGCAUUCUUUUGCUC